UGCAGAAAACAUAACGCGUUAGCAGAAGUCAUCCGAAGUGAGACUUAUCUUAUGGAUCCAUUGCGAGUAUUUAGUUCAUGGUUGGAAGGGCGUUUUGCAUAAGGAGCUGUCAAUGUACUGUCAACCAACGAUCUUUUUACAUUUGUUGACUGUUUAAAACAGUUGAGAGUAUACACCUGAUACGUGCAUAUAAUUUUUCGAAGAAUUUCCAAAAUUUAAGAUGACAGACUCAAAGUAUUUUACUACUACCAAGAAAGGAGAAAUAUUUGAACUUAAAUCAGAGUUGAAUAAUGACAAGAAGGAGAAAAAGAAAGAAGCUGUGAAGAAGGUGAUUGCUUCCAUGACUGUGGGUAAAGAUGUAUCAGCACUAUUCCCAGAUGUGGUGAACUGUAUGCAAACAGACAAUUUGGAGCUGAAAAAGCUGGUGUAUUUGUACCUGAUGAAUUAUGCCAAAAGUCAACCAGACAUGGCUAUCAUGGCUGUCAACACAUUUGUCAAGGAGCUAGCGACAUCUCCGAUGACAAAGGAUUGCGAGGACCCAAAUCCGCUGAUUCGAGCAUUAGCAGUUCGUACAAUGGGUUGUAUACGCGUGGACAAGAUUACUGAAUACCUCUGCGAGCCAUUGCGGAAAUGCCUGAAGGAUGAGGAUCCAUAUGUUCGUAAAACUGCAGCCGUAUGCGUGGCCAAGCUUUAUGAUAUAAAUGCAGCUUUAGUCGAGGAUCAAGGAUUUUUGGAUCAAUUGAAAGACCUUUUGUCAGACAGUAAUCCCAUGGUUGUUGCAAAUGCAGUAGCUGCCUUAUCAGAAAUCAAUGAAGCAAGUCCAAGUGGGCAGCCAUUAGUUGAAAUGAAUGCACAGACCAUUAACAAAUUAUUAACAGCCCUUAAUGAAUGUACAGAGUGGGGUCAAGUUUUCAUUUUGGAUUCACUUGCAAAUUAUUCUCCUAAAGACGAUCGCGAAGCACAAAGCAUAUGCGAACGAAUUACUCCACGUUUAGCUCAUGCCAAUGCUGCAGUUGUUUUGUCUGCUGUUAAGGUAUUAAUGAAAUUAAUGGAAAUGUUACAAUCCGAAUCUGACUUUGUCGGAACUUUAACAAAAAAAUUAGCUCCGCCUCUUGUAACUCUUCUUAGUUCCGAACCUGAAGUUCAAUAUGUAGCAUUAAGAAAUAUAAAUCUCAUUGUACAGAAACGCCCAGAUAUUUUAAAGCAUGAAAUGAAAGUUUUCUUUGUCAAAUAUAACGAUCCGAUUUAUGUUAAACUUGAAAAGUUAGACAUUAUGAUUCGUCUAGCAUCUCAAGCUAAUAUAGCUCAGGUUUUAUCUGAAUUGAAAGAAUAUGCUACAGAAGUUGAUGUAGACUUUGUACGAAAAGCUGUCAGAGCUAUUGGUCGUUGUGCCAUUAAAGUUGAACCUUCCGCUGAACGGUGUGUUUCGACGCUUUUAGAUCUAAUACAAACGAAGGUCAAUUAUGUUGUUCAAGAGGCAAUUGUAGUUAUAAAAGACAUUUUCCGAAAGUAUCCAAACAAGUAUGAAAGUAUUAUUUCGACCCUUUGCGAAAAUUUGGAUACGCUUGAUGAGCCUGAAGCACGUGCUUCUAUGAUAUGGAUCAUUGGAGAAUAUGCGGAACGUAUUGAUAAUGCAGACGAACUCCUUGAAAGUUUCUUAGAGGGAUUCCACGAUGAAAAUACACAAGUACAAUUGCAAUUACUUACAGCGAUUGUUAAACUAUUUCUUAAAAGACCUACGGAUACUCAAGAAUUGGUUCAGCAAGUUCUUAGUUUAGCAACACAAGAUUCUGAUAAUCCUGAUCUACGAGAUCGAGGAUUCAUUUACUGGCGGUUACUUAGCACCGACCCAGCAGCUGCCAAAGAAGUUGUACUUGCGGAGAAACCUCUUAUUUCGGAAGAGACUGAUUUGUUAGAGCCAACGUUAUUGGAUGAAUUAAUAUGUCACAUUUCCAGUUUGGCAUCUGUUUAUCAUAAACCACCCACUGCCUUCGUUGAAGGUAGAUCAGCAGGUGCUAGAAAAUCGUUGCCUGCUAGAAGUAAUUCAAACGAAGAUUCAGCACAACACGCAACGACACAACUCCAUGCUCAAGUCAUUCCUGCUCAAGAUUCUUUAAUAGGGGAUCUUCUUAGUAUGGAUAUUGGUGGUCCGAGUAUGGUUGCUCCAACUCCAGCUCCUCAAGCAGGACUUGGUUUAGAUUUGUUAGGUGGUGGUUUGGAUGGAAUUUUGGGUGGUACUGAUACAGGAACUGCUGCGCCUGUGGUGUCUCAAAGUACUACAGGGCUUCUUGGUGACAUAUUUGGUUUUAAUCAAGGACCUUCUUCUUAUAUACCACCUAAAGUUAAUUGGCUACCUGCCGAAAAGGGUAAAGGAAUUGACAUAUGGGGAACUUUCUCGCGAAAGAAUGGACAGAUUAGUAUGGAUAUGACAUUUACAAAUAAAGCAAUGCAACCUAUGGGAGGUUUUGCAAUACAAUUAAAUAAAAAUAGUUUUGGCUUAACACCAGCGGCACCAUUACAAGUACCAAGUCCUUUGAAUCCUGGUGCUAGCGUAGAUACCAGUGUAAUCUUAUCUACCACUGGCGCAGUACAGCGCAUGGAACCCUUGAAUAAUCUUCAAGUUGCAAUAAAAAAUAAUAUCGAUGUAUUUUAUUUUGCUUGUAUUGUUCCCAUGAAUACGUAUUUUCUAGAGGAUGGACAAUUAGAAAAAAGAGUAUUUCUUAGUACGUGGAAAGACAUACCUGCCCAAAACGAGGUAUUUGUACAAUACACAUUAAAAGGAGUAAUGUUAACUGCAGACCAAGUUGUUCAGAAAAUGCAACAAAAUAAUGUAUUUACAAUUGCCAAAAGAAAUGUGGAAGGACAAGAUAUGUUAUAUCAAUCUCUUAAAUUAACAAAUCAUGUUUGGGUGUUAAAUGAAUUGAAAUUUCAGCCAGGAAAUCCAGAUGUCACUCUAUCUCUAAAGUCUCGUUCUGUGGAAGUUGCUGCAGGCAUAUUUCAAGCGUACAAUGCAAUUCUGCAUUCUUAAAUAGUGUAUCAAGUCAUUUAACAUUGAAUUUAUGCAAAUACUAUAUUUCACGACCAUAAUCGAACUAUUUGUUUAAUGCGGAUCACUUAUAUAUUAUGCGUAUAAUUUAUCCAAUUGAAAUUGAUUGAAAACGUUUGUUUAUAUCCUAUUGUAAAUUUAAACAGAUUUAAUACACUGUUAAAUUUAUCAUAAAGUAACUGAAUGUAAUUCAAAAUAAAGACAAAGUAUGUUAAUGA